GUGGGCGGUAAUUUGAAGGACUUCAUCAGACGUAAUGGUGGUGGAUCAGCCUUCUCGGCGCGCACGGCGGGUCGAGGUUUUCGAGCGGUAUCCGAGCAGCAAGUGGUGCAACAAGUGGUUCAAAAUAAGCGAUUCGAAGAGGUAGAUGUGCGUGAAUCGAUGACACAUCUGUGCAAAAAAUUGGCUGAAAAACGGGUGUUCGGGUCAAAACUCAUGGCCGAAACUACCGUCGCUGGUCUCAAUCACUCGACUUUCCCAAAUCUACCGAUCGAGGGAAUCAUGUACAUACAACAUGUGUGUCGUAAAGUUCUCGGUGAUCGAUUCUCGAGUGAUGACGACUUCUGGGAGAGUCUUCGCGAUUCGAUGCGUAAGCUGGCCGCUCGAUGCCGUCGUGUACGCCAUGCAAAGAAGACGAAGAGUUCACGCGAAGAGGGUGUGAUGCUGGCCGGUGAACGAUCAGCGGGAUGGCCUGAGGGCAGUGUAGCGCAGACACUUCAGAGUCUGAGUUUACCUGUAGAAAAGCCCACACAUUCCGUUCAAACAAGACCGAUCAGCACAGAUCGAAAAGUCACCGCUGACAUCAGCGACUCGAAAUUGGCUGAAACUCUUCAAAAUGGUCUGCACGCGUUGGCCAGUGCUACUCUCACGAAUCAGGCACUGCCGGCAACCUUAGCAGAGAUGUCAUCUGCAUGGUCGCUUCUGCAAUUGCACAAGAACACCGAAUCGCUGUUGCAGCGUGAGUUACGCUUCAAUGACGCAUCGUCGCCCUGA